CUGAGUAUUGUAGGGGGAGGAGGUAUAUAUAAUGAAGGUAUGUGUAAUAUGUAUGUAAUCUGCCUUAAUUCCCUUCUCGGACUUAACCUUAUCACCAUAUCCAAUACCAUUCAUAACUAUAAUCAUAUAAUCAAAACAAUGAUAAAUUAGGAGUGGUAUCACAUACAGAUUUAUAUAUAGAAUAUACAUUGAGUAGAUGUUUGAAAAUCUAAAAUAAAUAAAUAAAUCCAUAAUCUUCUUGUCAUUGCAUUGCGACUGACAGAUUAGAAUCAGCCGUUUCGCUAAUUAGUAUGGACAUGACAAGAAGCAUCCAUAAUUAUCAACCAGCCAGUGCCAGCUGUGACCUGUUUCAGAGAAACAAUUCAAUGGCCUUUCUAAAAUGAAUCCUAACCCUACAUAACACACAUAAUUUGAAUCCCAACUCCAUAUUCUGUAUAAAAAAUUACAUGGAACCACAUGGAGAAAUGUCAGGGUCUUAAUUUUUAAAGGCUACGGAGUAGGUCCGACGCAGAAGUAUAAAUCAGCCUUUAGGCAGGUAGGGUACAGAAGCGUGCCCCUCAGCCCCCACCCCCUGCUUGCUCCUAGACGAGGUAGAUAUGUGGGAGGCUCGGAACAGUAAGAGAUAAUCAGUUUUCACGGACCUUAAGCAAGGUAGGUUGAACAUGCAUUGGUUGCAUGACUUUCUCUUACCUAAUGUAGCUCUAAUACCUCAUUCUUGAUUAACUAAUUUCCACUGUGUAACGUGUUGAAUAACCCCUUUUUUUUCUUCCUUGCAUGCCACUAAUGGUAAGUUCUUAAAAUUUGAGAUCUGACAAAGCAUCAUGGGAGGUGCGGUUGUAGACACUGGUGACAGUGGGGUCAAGGCCCCCGAUGGAGGAUGGGGUUGGGCUGUCCUCUUCGGCUGCUUCAUCAUUACAGGCUUCUCCUACGCCUUUCCCAAAGCGGUCAGCGUCUUCUUCAAAGAACUUAUCCGAGAGUUUGGAGUGGGCUACAGUGACACUGCUUGGAUCUCCUCCAUACUUCUUGCAAUGCUUUAUGGCUCAGGGCCUAUAUGCAGCAUCCUAGUGAACCGGUUUGGGUGUCGCCCUGUGAUGAUGGUCGGGGGCCUUUUUGCCUCGCUGGGCAUGAUUUUAGCAUCCUUUGCAACCAACAUCAUCCACAUCUAUCUCAGCACAGGAGUCAUAACAGGUUUGGGUCUUGCUCUGAACUUUCAGCCAUCCCUCAUCAUGCUGAACAGAUAUUUCAGUGAGAAAAGGCCCUUGGCCAAUGGGUUGGCUGCAGCUGGAAGUCCCGUGGCUCUGUGCUGUUUGUCUCCUCUUGGUCAGGUUCUUCAAUACAAGUAUGGUUGGCGUGGAGGCUUCCUCAUCCUUGGAGGGAUUCUACUGAAUUGCUGUGCAUGUGGGGCCCUCAUGAGACCCUUGACGGCACCGAAAAAAACAAGCGAGGUGGAAGAGAAGGAAACCAAACCCAAACCAAAGCCCAAGCUUCUUGACUUUACCGUCUUUAGAGAUCGUGGCUUUUUGAUUUACACGGUAGCUGCGGCCAUCAUGGUGUUAGGUCUUUUUGUGCCUCCAGUGUUUGUGGUAAGCUAUGCCAAGGAACUGGGCAAUGAGGACACAAAGUCUGCCUUGCUGCUCACCAUACUAGGGUUCGUUGAUAUCUUCGCCAGGCCAACAUGCGGUAUCAUCGCUGGGCUCAAGUGGGUUCGGCCACGAUGUGUUUACCUCUUCAGUUUCGCUAUGAUCUUCAAUGGCAUCACUGAUAUUAUCGGCUCCAUGGCCAAAGACUAUCCAUCUCUUGUGGCGUUCUGCAUCUUCUUCGGUAUCUCCUAUGGCAUGGUUGGAGCCUUACAGUUUGAAGUGUUGAUGGCCAUUGUGGGGACAGAGAAGUUCUCCAGUGCCAUCGGCUUGGUGCUGUUGGUUGAAGCCUUUGCUGUGUUGGUGGGACCACCUGGAGCAGGUCGCCUUCUGGAUGCCACAAAGAACUACAUGUUCGUCUUCCUGCUGGCUGGGUGUGAGGUGGUCCUCUCGGCCCUUGUGCUCGCAAUCUGUAACAUGCUCUUCAUCAAAAGGAAGCCCGAACAGCCUGACCCUCCAGCCAAGAUGGAGAUGGCCGUUAUCGACACGGAGAUGGAGGAACUCAACAAAGCACCAAAGAACGACCAAGACAACGGAGGUGGUGAAAAUGGGAAGAAGCAAGCCAUCGAACAUGAAGCAACGACAAAAUCUGAUCAUAAAAAGGUUGAAGAGCCUGAAAGCAUAGGGGUGGACUCGAUAGAGCUGGAGAACGCUUCCAAAAAUGUGACUGAACCAAAAGGUGUGGUUGUAGAACCUGAAUCCUCUCUGUGAAGAUACUAGAACAAUAGACAUGACCGAGCUUCCCUUGUAGGACUCCUGGACAUGCGUUUGAUGUUGUAGUGUAUGCUUUUUGUAUCGCACUUCAAAUGUGGUUGCAAAGGACUGCUUUCAGACCUGCUGUCCAGUUCAGAUUCAGCCACUUUUAGGCCAAUCACUGCCUUGUAUGUUAGCAGAUAUGUCAGGAUGUGUUCUCAAACUUGCAUUCAAAAAAUAGAUUCAAUUUAUACUGUGGCACCAGAUUUUAGGCCAGUAAACACUCCACAUCAGAGCAGGUCACCAGCAUUAUACUGAAUAUUACCAGCUUGCUUCUUUGUGGCAUUCAGUGUUUGCUAAUGUGUGUUGUUGGUUCAUAGUACCUUUUUUGUCAUCUACUGAAACAUUUUAAACUGGUCCUGGGAGAGCACAGGAUUGUAUUAAAGUCCUGCAUUUCAGACAAAUGGAACCAGAUUAACAUGUACAACAUGCAAAUGAGGAUCCCAGUUAGUCUUUUUAAAUUGGAAACGUUCUUGAGGAAUUUACAGAAUUCAGACAUGCUUGUGUUUGUGGAACGGUCCAACGUAUAUAUGGGACAUUCUACCAGAAAUGUACAUUAUCUGUCCUUGACUUGUUACAGUGAAUAAAAAGUAUUACAUCCAAAAAGUGUCUAAAA